GUUUCUGGAGGCUUAAAAACUGUUAAUUGGCCUACUGGCACUCUAUAUAAGGCACAGUAAAUUAAACACAUUUGUGAGUUGCUGUGAGCUCAUUGUUCCAGAUUCAGCCUACUUUUCAAUUAGGAUGUCUCAGUUUAUGUUGAUAUGGUCUGUGUUGUGGUGGAUCAACAUAGCAACAGGACAGCAAUGUUCUUCCUACCAACAUGAAACUGUAAAGUUAGUCAUCAAAAGCCAGCGAAACAAUACUGGACACUGGGUAGCUCAGGUAUCACUGAAUCAUGGGGCGUAUCAACAUGAAGAAGGUCCAUGGGAACUGGAUGUGGACCACUCAGUAGAAAAGUGCGAUGAGGAGGAGUCUGUACACCUAGUGGCAACAAUAGCAGUACCUCCACGACAUAUACAUGUGCAGUACAAGUUGUUGCCUGACUUGGGCUACUACAGAUUCCAUGAUGUUCCUGUCACUUGGUACAAGGCUGUAAUAACAUGUACAGCAGAAAAUGGCCACCUCCUGAUAUUGAAUUCACCCAAGGAAUUCACAGAACUGAAAAAGAUAUGGGAUGCAAGUGGAGUGAAAGGAGACUUCCUUCAUAUUGGAAUUAAUGAUUUUGAUAAGGAAGCAGUAUUUGUCACUGUAUUGGGUGAUUCUUUGAAUUCUACAGGUUAUGCUCCAUGGGGACCAAAUGAACCAAACAGUGGUGCAACUGCAAACUGUGGUGCUUUAAAACGUACAGGAGAGUUACAUGAUUCAUACUGCAGUAACCAGUUCCCAUUCUUCUGUGAGAAAAAUUUGUUUUAAUCAUUUAACUUACACAUUAUCCGUAUGCCCAGAAACCUAGCCAACAUUAGACUGGGGAACAGCCUGAAUACUAAGAUGAAAUGUUGCCACUACACCGUCCUGCUUAAUUGACAAGAGGAAUAUUCAGGACUGGUUGUUAAGAGGGUAAAUCAUAAAUCCUUCUUACAAAAUAUUGUUUCACCAUGGUUAACACUUCUGCAAAGUACUUUAGAAACCCUGGUUUGAAUUAUAGCUGGAAGACAGGCUACUCUGAUUGUAGCUUUUUGUUGUUUUUACUCAGGCAAUUCAGGAGAAUCAGAACAGUAUCUCAAAAUACCACUUUCCUUCAGACUACACACAUUAUCCCACACACACAGGUGUUUGUGAACAAUACUUUUAUCCCCUUCCCAAUGUCCCCAUAAUGUGUUUCUUCAAGAAUCUACAUUCUGUGACCUAUAGCAUCAUGUUACAUGGGAAGUGUAAAAUUAACCUGUCCCAUGAUACUGUGCCACAUUAAAAGUGUAAACUAAUUAUGACACUAAUGGUAGUAAUUUUAAAUUAUCUAUAUUCCUUAUUAUCUGUGCCUCCUCUCCCUUCCAAUAGCCUGAAUAAUAGAGAUUUCUGUGCAAAACUAAUUACAUAUUAUCUAAUCGUGAAAAGAAAGUAUAGGAACAUAAAGGAUUGGUUUGAAUAUUAUGUAAGUAGUAUGAAAAUUAUGGUCUUAGUGAAGUGUGUGACAGACACAUCUAUACCUUUAUAGUAUUUAGGUUAUUAUGCAUUCUAUUUUGACAAGUUUAUAGUCAUCACUGUCACAAGCACGUUUUAUAUAAUACAACAACAUUAUUGUCUACAUA